ACCGUUUGAUUUGUUUUGUUGCUUGCUGGCUUGGUUGUGGGUAGUGGCGGAGCCGUUUUAAUCUUAAUUUCUUGUUUUUCUCUUCCUAUCUAGUAAAGUUUUUGUUUCGUGGACCAGCAAAUUUCAAAGCAUGACGAAGAAUCGAAGUCUAGCUGGAAAAUGGGCCGUUGGUCUCCUUGCUCUCACGUUCGUUUUGGUGGUGCUGGCGUUCAGCACGCAGAAUUGGCUUGCCAGUGAUGAUCGCUUCUAUGGAGCAAAGCUGGAAAAGAUGGGUCUUUGGGUACAUUGUUUUAGAAGCUUGCCAGACCCACAAGACUCAUCAUUACGGCAGUUCUUCAGUGGCUGCCGCUGGCUGUUUGAGGCAUACACCACAGGCUACUCAGAGAUCAGAGGUCAUCUGACACCCCCAUUCUUCAUAGCAGUGCAGAUGUUCUACACGCUUUGCUUCCUGUGUACGGCCGUCAGCGCUGUGCUGGUGGUGAUGCUGAUCCUCUGCAUUGACGAGGACCGCGAGGUUUGCUUCCUGCGCACCAUGGCCGUGCUGAUGGCGCUCUCAGGGGUGUUUGGCACGUUUGCGGUCAUCAUUUUUGGCGCGAUGGGACGCUCUUACGAAUGGACCACGGAUAAGCAGCAUAACUACCUCUCCUGGAGCUACGGACUCGCGGUAGUGGCUGCAUUCCUGCAGCUCGUGCUCUGCGUGCUGGUGUGGAACGAGGCUCAAAUCACGAACAAGAAGAUCGCUCGCAGUGUGAAUGCCGCGGCGGCUGCGGGAGACUACUAGCGAUCGUGGCGCCAUCCGUCGGCAAAGUCCGAAUCUGCACUUCAGUUAGCGCCGCAACUGCAGCGGUCGCCGUCUAGCUCGCGUGGUGCUUUCGGUCGAUCUCGGCUGAGCCUGAACUUCAGUGACAAUGGUUGACGGCGAUCGGCAUACUUCCUGGAGUGGCGGAGGCUCCAGUGACGGCAGUUGACAUACGUCCUGGAAUGCUAGAAGCUUCAGGACGGCGAUAAGCGCACGUCUUGGAGUGGCGGAAGCUUCAGUGACGGUGAUAGGCGCACGUCUUGGAGUGGCGGAGGCUUCAGUGACGGCGGUCGGCUUGGGGGGACCGUCGCGCCGCCAGUGGAUCGCGCCUGAACCGGCAUCCUGAACCAUGAAUGGCCACCGCCUACGCGGCAGCCAUUGGCGCGGCUCACAGAAUCUCGGCACAUUUGCCACACGUUCAGUCUGAACCCGCUUUUGUUUUGCCUGGUUGUGGAUAGUCCGCAUAUGUGUAAAUUUUUUUUAGUGAUAAUGAGUACGUUCAAUUCUGCACGAAUGGCCUGGGUGAAAGAAAGCACCGAACAUUGUUACAAUCAUGUUGUGGCACGGUAACGCGCACU